AUGGCGAAGAGAAAGCGCGAGGCGGCGGUCACUAGCGACAGUAUUCUACCCCAGAAAAAACACUACCGCCAGCGCGCCCAUGCCAAUCCCUUCUCCGACCAUGCCCUGCAGUAUCCCCCUGCCCCCGCCGCCGUCGACUGGGCUGAGCACUAUCCUGCUUUCGCCGGCACAGGCAGGGCACCCGAGUUUGCAGACAUCGGCUGUGGCUUUGGCGGGCUCCUGAUCACCCUGGCCCCUCUUUUUCCGGACACCCUUAUGCUCGGAAUGGAGAUUCGUGUCCAGGUAUCCCAGUACGUCCAGGACCGCAUAGCAGCACUACGCGUCUCCUCCCAGGCCGAUAAUCCCGCAGGUGCCAGCUCCGGUCCUGCUCCAUAUCAAAAUGUCUCUGUCGUCCGCGCAAACUCGAUGAAGUUCCUCCCCAACUAUUUUGCAAAAGCCUCUCUCUCCGCUCUCUUUUUUCUCUUUCCGGACCCUCAUUUCAAGUCUCGCAAACACAAGGCGCGUAUCAUAUCACCCACUCUGCUCGCUGAGUAUGCCUAUGUCCUUCGCGUCGGCGGAAUCGUCUACACCAUCACCGACGUAAAGGAUCUGCACGAGUGGAUGCGCACCCAUCUCGAAAACUUUCCCCUCUUCGAGCCUGUCGACGAGCAAACUCUCCGCGAUGAAGGCAAGGGUUCCAUCAUUGACGCAGUCUACACCAGCACCGAAGAGGGCAAAAAGGUCGCGAGGAACGGCGGCGACAAAUGGCUUGCAUGCUUCCGCCGCAUCGAUGUCGACCGGUAA